AUGGUGACUACCCUCUCGCUGGCGUUAGUCCAGAAGGCAAAGGGUCGAAGACGACAUGUGCUCGAAGCUGGUCCCAGGUUUGCACCCGAGCCGCCACCCAAGGACGGUGAUAUGGUUAUAACUGGUGGGCCGAAGCAGCUGGCGCGGAGGAAAGUGCCCCGCUGGGCUCCGGAUGGAGGUUCUGAUCCGCUGGUUGCAGACAGAGGGAGGGGUGGCGAACUGGAUGUCAUCUCUGAGGAAGUCUAUCCAGGUGAUGGCCGGUGUUACCGUGUAGUCUACGAUUUGGGAAUAGGUAUCCGAAAAGAGCCCAACAUCGGAGCCAAGCGCACCGGAGAAGAUCUUCUCCCUGGUGAAUGCUUCGAGAUCAAGAAAGAGAUUCGCCGUGCGGGGCGGCGCUACUUCGAGCUGCUCGAUGGACGGGGCUGGGUCUUUGACUGGACCGAGGUUGAUGGCGAACGAGUCGAACUUGUGGAGCUUGCAGCCCAGCUUUACACGGUAGCAUUCCCUGACGGAGUGAACGGCAUUGCCUGGAGCUCCGAUGCUACCAUGCGGUUUAGCACAGUCAAUGGCUUCACCAACGAGGUUGAAGCGACCAACCUUGCGCAGGCUGGAAUUCGCACAGGCGAUGUUCUGGUGAUGAUUGACCAGGAUCCCGUGGUUGGCAUGCCUUUUGGGCAGGUUUUGGAACGGAUUUGGGCAACUGCCGGCCGCCAACCGGGAUCAGGAUAUUUUUACAAGGUGACCACGGAGACUCCUUACGGCAUCGGGAUUCGAGAUGAGCCGGACAUCAACGGCCCGAGAACUGGCGAAGACUUGAUUCGAGGAGCAGUCUUCGAGGUGGAUGAGAUGGUGGAGGUGGAGGAUGAUAUCACGUACCUGCACCUGGCGGACCAGCGGGGUUGGGUCUUUGACAACUCGGCAAAAGAGCCAGAUAACCCGUGCGUCAUCAACCUGGCAGAGAUCGAACCUGGAUGCACCCUGACCAUGUGGCGUGGGGAGGUCGAUGAGUUGGCAAAGACCAUUGGCCUCAGGUUCAAGCAGGAUGGCAACGAGGGCCAACCAUUUACAUUGACUGUGCUGGAAGAGGGAGAGCCGAUCCAGCGUGUUCCGUGUGCGCCUGGCUCCAACCUGCGCAAGACGCUUCUCGCGAAUGGUUUCCAGGUCUAUCAAGAUCUUCGUUCUGUCUUCAACUGCAACGCCCAGCAGCUCUGUGGCACCUGUGUUCUGGACGUGAUGGAGGGUGACGACAACCUCACUGUCCGAUCUGUGAACGAGGCAGCGGUCAUGUCGGCCAAUCCACCCAGCUUCAGGCUUUGUUGUAACAUUGACGUCUAUGGUGACAUUACCGUAAGGCUGCGCCCACGCGGGGUGAAAUAUGGCGGAGGACUAGACUUUCACAAGGAUUGGCAUAGCGUAUCACAGCGUACCUCGCAGCGAAGGCCUGGGGAUUUUGAGUGGAUUAGUGGUGGUCAACUGGUCACGGGCAUCAUGCGGCUUGCGUUGCCCGCUGAGUGUUCAGGAAGCGAGUGGCAGCGAGUCGCAGAGGCGUGUGUGUUCACCAUCGGCUUGAUUGGUGUGCUGAUCUUUAUGCUGGCCGCACUCUUGGAGCAGAAGCUCACUGGCUUGAACAGUUACUUCGGAAGUCCGAAUUGUCUUUCCGUUCCGGAUCCUGGACGUUCGACUUUGGCUAGCACUGCCCUUCCAUCAUCGCCUUCGUCAGCUGCUUCUCAAAAUCGUGGCUCUUUGCGGGACUCGUCGGAAGCGCCCGAGGAUGGGAGCAUGCCCUGGGUCCCUGCUCCCGUCCGUGCUGAACGGUGUUUAGCACGGAGUGGCACAAUCGAUGAGGGAUCUCUCAGUGCACAGCCACAGAACCUUGGAAAGCUGGAAGCGCUCAGCACGUUGAAAGACGAAUUCAAGUUCAACAAGAGCUUUGGAGCCAAAGUGGACGGCUUGAUCCGAGAGGGGUACCGGGGCUGGAGGCGUGUGAGAGGCGAUGGAAACUGCUUUUACCGUGCUGUCGGCUAUAGCUUGAUCGAGCAGAUCAUACUAUCUGAAAAGCGGCGAACUGCGGCUGCAGCGCUGGUCCGGCAGCUACGAGAACUGCAGUUGGAGGAUCCUGCCGAGCAGAAAGCCCACGAGCGCCUGGUGGGCCAUUUAGAGCGGGUGGCUGCAGGCCUGCACUGGCAGGAUCAAGUCUUGGAAGCAGAGCGGCACCAAGUCUAUGAGGCCUUCAACGAUGCCAUGGACGACUCAAUCGACAAGGCCUGCAUCCGGGCGAUGCGGCGCCUCACUGCAAAGCCUUGGCCCAAGCCGUCUGCAAGCAUGGCCUCGGAAAUCCUGCGAUCUGCACAGAUGAAAGCAGCCUCGUACAUGAUUGCACCAGAUGCAGGUGCAUACUCGAACGUGCAGACGAUUGUAGCCUGUGUGGCGGCAUCAGCUUUCGGACCCUCUGCGAAGUGCAAGGCUCGUACUAAAUCGCUUGCCCCCCGUACACCCUGCGCAAUGCUCCACACUAUUCUUUUGUUCCUUGCUGCAUGGUCGGUGCAAGCCAUCGACAACGGGCUUGGUCGCACUCCGCCUUUGGGAUGGCGCUCGUGGAACUUGUUCGGGGCAAACGUCAACCAGACCCUCAUGCAGCAGAUCAUGGAUGGCAUGAUUUCAAAGAAGCGCUCCGUGGAUGGAGUCCCCACAUCACUUUGUGAUCUGGGCUACUGCGAUGUUGGUUUGGACGAUAAUUGGCAAGACUGUCAUGCCGGACACAAGUACUCCUACCAUGAUGAUUCGGGCAAGCCUAUUGUGCAACUCACCCGCUUUCCCAACAUGACAGCGAUGACAGAGCAUGCUCACAAGUUGGGCCUGUCGGCAGGGUGGUACGGAAACAACUGCAUCUGCCGCGAAUCUCGGGCCACCGAUGCCAUGUACGAGGAGGAUGUCGCAGCCUUGGCGACUUUUGGCUUCGAUGGAAUAAAGCUGGAUGGUUGUGGCCGCCAGCUCGAUCUGGACAAAUGGGCAAACCUCAUCAACAAGACCGGACGAGCGGUUAUGAUCGAGAACUGCCACUGGGGCAACACUGUGCCCACAGAGACGUGGUGCCCAUGGAACUUCUUCAGGACAUCUGCAGAUGUUCGAGCAUCGUACGGCAGUGUGGUCGGCAACCUCCUGACCACUGUGCAGUGGGCCCAGAAGAACUUAUCCAGGCCUGGAUGCUGGGCAUACCCAGACAUGCUGGAGGUUGGCUGCAAGCAUGGCCCGGGAGGUGCCAGUGACCCUGGCCUCAGCUACCAGGAAGCCAGGAGCCAUUUCAGCGCCUGGGCGAUCGUUUCUGCGCCCUUGACGCUUUCCAUGGAUGUCAACAACGAUACCAUCAUGGAUGAGGUCUGGGACAUUGUCUCCAACAAAGAAAUCAUCGCUGUUAAUCAAGCAUAUGUCGGCCAUAGCGGGAGCCCCUUCAAACAAGCCACAUCUCAUGUGGAGCUUGAGGACUUCAACAUGUUGCUGCAAGGCAUCGUGGUUCCCCACUGGGGAAGAGUACCCAAAUGGCAGUUUUUCUACAAGCCCGUCGGCGAUGGAAAGAUUGCGGUGCUCCUCAUGAAUCAUGACAAGUCGGCGCACGACUUGCUUCUGACAUUCAAUGACGUGCCUGGUCUGACUUGCCAGAAGUGCAAGGUCCGUUGUUUGUACAUGCACAAGGACUUGGGCGAGCAUGAGGACAGCCUGGGCACGCCGGAGGACUUCUGCGAAAAGGUAGUGCUUCCGAUGCAUGUCGAGGCUGAAUCAGUUGUCAUGAAUGCCGUCGUCGCUGCCCUGGGUGUGAAGCUUCGGCUGGCGCUGCUUCACAGGAGUGAGCAGGCUGGACUUGUUUUCGAAGAUUACAUGCCGCCCGUGGACGAAGGACAGCCGGUGGACCAAUUCGUGAUCCAUGUGCAGCUGCGGCAGUGCCAGGACACUACGACCUUCUGUACCUUCAGCUUGAUGCGAGCCACCUUGGCUUGUGCUGGGUAUGGUCACGAAGGAUUGGCUUCUGCCACGCUCAGUCCAGCUCACACCUUGGAGCCUGAGAGAAGAGGCGUAUUUACAUCGUCGCUCUGCCUCUGUGUCAUGUUGUCCUUUCUAUCCCAUUCAUCAGGGCCGACAGUCGGAAGUGUGGACCUUUCGUGCAGGUCACUUCAGGUGAAGCUGGUAGAGGACUUCGAGUCGGUCGCUUCAGAGCUUCAACGAGGAACACGACGCACACCAAGCCAGCCAAGCAGUCUCACCCGAUCUUAUCAUAGCUGCGUCAGCAGGAUUUACACUGAGCAUUCCGAAAAGCCUUUGAUAGGCAUUUGUGGCACAGACAUUUGUUAG